CAAAAAGGGUGUGGAUAGUGAGUAAUUUCUAAUUUAUGUGUAAAAACUUAAAUACAUUAUAAAAAUUUUUCUUGAAGUAUCUCAUAAUGAGGGAAGAAGAAAAGAAUAAUUAUCCAAAAGCCUCCAAUUAUUUGGUAAAUGGAUCCCUCAUGACAUACAUUGGAGGAGUUUUCCUUAUGAUUGCAUUUUGUAGUCCAUACUGGGUAAAAUCCUAUGAUGAUACUUUCUCAGAGUUCAAGCACAUGGGACUAUGGGAAUAUUGCUUUGAUGGUUUCCGCUAUCCAUACUACCAAUUUGACCACCUCUUUGAUGGCUGUCACCAUGUGUUUAGUCAAGAAUUUUAUGUUAUUCGAGAAUGGUUGCUACCUGGAUGGUUAAUGACAGUUCAAGCUUUUGUUACCAUGUCCUUUCUAUUAAGUUUUGGAGCACAAGUUGUUAUGGCUCUUCAAUUAACAAGGUGGCCUCUGCAUUUUAUUUUACAAAGGGAAUACAUAUUGUCAUUUAUUAAUUUUGUUUGUGUCACAACUGUAACUGGCUUCAUGUUUCUUGCUGUUGUUAUUUUUGGAGGUUCAUAUGUUCGUAGAGAUUGGCUGAUGUAUCCCAAUUUCAAUUACCUUUGUUGGUCAUAUGGCAUGGCAUGCGUUUCCCUAUUGUUCCAUGCUGUAGCAGCUUACUAUAUGUACAAAGAGUCAAAAUUUAGUUAUGAAAGACGAAGAGAAUCGAAAAAUCUGAUUAUGCAAAUGCAACCGAAUCCACAACACAGAUUGGGAUGGAAUGUUCCAACAUAUUCACAUUAAAUCAAUAUAUUUGUUGAUUUAAUGUAAUGCAUUUUGGUUAGAAAACAGGGAAAUUAAUGUGUAUUAGGUUUUUUGAAUUUCAUAUUGUAUGCAUACAAUAGGUGUGACAUAUACUAAAUGGCAUGGUAUUUCUAGAUAAUAAUAAUUAAAAAUCAAAUAUGAUUGAAAUAAGUGUAACAUCUGGUUUUCCAAUAAGAACUCGAAGUAUACACAUAACUGCUACAUAAAUAUAUCUUAAAUUUCAUUAAUAAAUUAUCCAAAAGGUACUUCACUAUUACAAAUCUCUAGGUAUUUCCAUAGGUUCUCCUGUCCUACAUAUCAAUAAUCUAGUGUAUAGUCUAUUCAUAUUAACAUUUUUUACUGAAGUCUCUUGUUUUUAAGUUUAAAAUAUUUUUGUCAUCUAUUUAGAAAUUAAUUAAAAUCAACUUUCACAUUAUGUGUGAAUAAUUGAAACUUAAAUCUCUUCUUUUUUCUUUUUGCAGUUCAAAUUUCAAGUGAGUGAUAUGGAUCUUUUAUGUCUCAUUAAAUGCAUCAUUUUUCAAAUGCAUGUUGUAUAUUAACAUUACUAAAUUAAACUACCUUUGACUUAACCCCUAGGAUAAUACCCCGAGGUUAAAAGUCAUUUGAAUUUAGUUUUAGCAUCAUAUUAACCUCUUGGUUAAAAUUGGAUUUAUAAAAAUGUGAGUUACGACUUUUGACAUCUGAUGUACACACAUCAAUUGGUCGAUUUGUUAGUGUGUCAUUAGUUAUAAUAUUUAUUAGAGCUUCCUCAUUGAGCAGAACUUAUUGCGUCAUGUCAGAAGGAUUGAGUGGUUUGGUUUAUUAUAAUUUUUUCCCUAAAUAGUCAUUACUAUAAUACUACUCCUCAACUUGACUUCAUUUUUUUUAAAACUUCAUUUUGCAUUCUACUUGACUUAAUUUUUUUCAAAAAUGUACCUUUUGGAUUUAAAAUGCGAAAUUUCCUCAAAACUAUUGAUUUUUAUAAUAGUGUCCAAAAUUACUUCCCUCCAUCCAGUAAUUAAUCUAUCUUAUAAAUUCACAUUUGCAAUUUUUGUGUGGUAUAUUUUCUGUGUUA